GGAACGGGAACGGGAAUGGGAACGGGAACGGGAACGGGAAUAGGAGUGGGAAUGGGAACGGGAACGGGCCUGGCACGCCGCGUCGCGGCAGGGGCUGCCGCUCAGGACGCGGCCAAGCUGCCAAGUGUCGGGGCCGCUGUUCGAGGGGCUCGGGCAGAAUUCCCAGUCCCCCAGCGAGAGGAGAAGGUGGCAGCGGGAGCGGCCCCGGCCCCUCUGCGCGCUGCUGAGGCCGCGUCUCCCCUCUGUGCAUGGCAGGUGCCUUCAUGAAUAACUUGAACGACCCUCCCAACUGGAACAUCCUGCCCAAUCGGCGCGGUCCCGGCGAUGACGGCAGCCGCUGGAAUUACGCCCUGCUGGUCCCCAUGCUGGGCCUGGCCGCCUUCCGGUGGAUCUGGACCAGAGAAUGUCAGAAAGAAAUAGAGAGAGAAAAACAAGAGUACUACAGAAAAGAGUCAACUUUACAAAAAGACCUGGAAGGCAAGUACCGGGAUAUAAUCACGGAGAAUCGUCGCACCCUUGCUCAUCUGGAGGUGGAGCUGGAGAAGGAACGCAACAGGACCCUGAGCUACCGUGAAGCCCUUGUGUCCCAGAGCCGCAAACUGGUAGAAGAGAGGAAGCUCCUAGAACAGGAGCAGGAGAAGCUGGAGCGAGAAAAACAAAUCCUUUUGCGCUCUGGAGCAGAAGGUACCUUGUACCAGAGUUGCCUGGCAAAGGAAGAAGAGUGGCAACAGAGAGCCAAUGUUUUACUAAAAGAACUUGAAGAGGGACUGAAGGAAAGACAGGACAUCUACUGCAGUCUUGUUGUACCCAGAAGUCAGAGACUAGAAAUAGAGAAAAAUCUGCUAGUUAAAGCAGCAACUAAUCCUGUUGCUAUGGCUUUACAUGUGGAGAGUGGCUUAAAAGAUAUUUUCAAACAUGAUAACUACUGUGGCAAUGUGCUGAACAGAAGCAGAAGUCAAAAUGGAAAGCUUAUGUGGCUGUAUCUGAGAUACUGGGAGCUAGCUGUUGAACUGCAGAAAUUCAAGAAGGUAGAAAAGGCCAUGUUAGGAAAACACUAAAUAGGGGAAGCAGUGGAAUUCAGUGUGAUCCACUGUGCAUGGUAGGGACAAUCACAGUUGUAGUCCAAAGCUGUUAAAUUUUUCUGCUGUGUUGCCAUCUCUCCUCCUCCUUGCACUUGUAUUUGCAUGGGAGUGUGCAGUGCUGGUGCCUUUCCUCUCACUAACAACAGAUGCUCUGGUGAGCUUUGCAUGCUCCUAAACUCCGUGACUGUGUUUGUGUUGCAGUACAGAGAUACGCCAACUCCCAGGUAUCAGAAGCAGCAAAACAAAACUCAGUUUAGAGGUAUUUGUCUCAUUGAUGGUCACACUCCAGCAACAGAGAAUGGUCAUUUGUCUCCCCCAGGUGGAUUAUCACAUUGUGCUCCUUAUCCCUGACAUUCUACAUUGUGUCUCAACACUAGUUUUUUUAAUGACUAUUAUUUUUUAAGAAUUUAUUUAGAAAAAAGAUUGAUUUUGAGGCAGAUAUGUGGGAGAGAUGGUGUUGGAGCCAGCUGCUUGACACAAACCUUACGUGUCUGUAUGUACAAUUAUAUAAAUACAUAAGUAUGUGUGAAUGUAUGUGUGUGUAAGUGUAUGUGUUAGUAUUCUAAAGGGAGGAAUAGUUUCAUCCUUUUUCAGAUUAGUCAGUCUUGCAUUGUCUUCCAGCUUAAUACACAAAGAGUGUUUUAUGAAUGAAACGUCCAAAAGAUACUAAUUCAAAUAACACAUAAAGAAACAGACUGAUGUCUCAUUGGCGCUUCAGAUCCGUUCUCAGACUCUGGGGAGUGUAUAAAUUGGAAGGUUAGUUUUCACAUAUUGGAGAUAUCUUAAGAAUACUUGUUUUAUUCUCAGUCAAGGUUUUAGUUGCACACCAACAAAGUGCCACCAUUAUGGAUGUCGCCAUGCUGCUGCUUCUGCCUCAAGGACACUGGCUGACUCCUGGUUAGCUUGCAGGAACCUCCUUGCCAUUGCACUUGGCUCUGCUCCUUGGAUAGGUCCUGUUUGUUAUUUGCAGAUGGGAACCUAAAUGCAGCCCGCAGUGGUAGCCACUAGUCCCUCUCCACUUGUCUCCCUUCUACCAGAAGGGAAGUACAUGCUCUGAAAUUUUGUGCUUGUGGUUCACCACUUUACAUAUACAUAACCAUGAAAGCCUAUAGAUAUACAAGCUUUGCAAACUUUUAAGAAAGGGGGAUUUUUAAUUUAGCUAGUAAAAUAAAAUAGAUUUGGUAAAAAUAAAAUAAUAAGUACAGUGAAAUAAUACAGGAAAAUAAACAGAUCCAGAUUAACAAAUCUUUAAAACCCAGUGCAUUUUAAUUUCUUAAAACUUUGAGUAUACUUUACGUCCUUUUAGCAGUAGCACCUUUUUUUUCAAAUGUGCCAUGUAUUUAAAAUAACUUUUUUCUUUCCCCUUCCUAAUCCAGCCUUAGACCUCAAAGGGGCAGUGUUUACCCUUUCAAUUAUAACAUGUAGUCUUCUCUGUUACCUGACUUUGAUUUGUGCUGUAGGUUGUCAGUUCAUUAAUUAGCUGUUUAUUAUUUACUGAGGGCUAGACUUGACACGCAUUUGCUCUAGGCAGUCAUGUAGAACCAUGGCUUGGAAGUAAUCCAAGCUAUGUAAAUGCCCAUUUUCCUGCAGAUUUGGGGAUUUUCUUUUACUGUUUUCAUUUUAGUCUGAGCACAGAAGACAGCAGAUAAAUCUUUUGAAACAAUGUGCACAACUUAUUCCAGUUACUAAGCAGAAAUAUCUAACAUGGAAUGAACUUCCCGAGCAGAAUAGAUGUUUCUCAGCUACUCGGUUUUCCAGUUGAGAUUUUGAUCACCUUGAUAGUACUAAUUAUACUGUUGUGUUGACUUAUUAAUUCCUUUUUCAUACUGAUUUUUUAAAGUAAAGUUUUAGUAGGCAAACUUGGAGGACAAAAGAGAGAUCACAAACACCAGAAGGGCUACAGUUUGUCUGGGUGCCAAGCAUAUGUGGACUGGGAGAUGAGAGCACAGUUGAGUUGCUACUCAUGUGUGACACCCUGAGCCCAGCUGCUGCGGCUGGACACAGGCACACAGUCUAAUUGCCCAGGAGAACAAAUCAGUUUGAGUAACAGCCCGUGUGUAAUUCCUUCAGGACAUGGAAAGUGACUGUCCAGCUGUGGCACACUUCGCACAUUCCUGCAGGCAGUUAAGCCACUCAGCUAAGAGCAGACAGUGAAUCAGUGCCAGUGUAUCUGUGAUUCAUGCCUUGAAUUUGUACAAGUUAGCAUUACAAGGUCAAAGGUUUUAUGCUUUUUCAUUUUUUCAUAGUUUGUCACUCUUAGCAUUCAAAAUGUGUAAAGAAAAUGUAAUCAAGGGUAAAAUACUAUUUUUUCAAUAUGAAUAUGUACACUCCAUUACACCCUUGAAUGUACAGGGUUGGAUGCAGUGUAGUAAAGGUUUGGUAUUCACUUCCUCUUUUUUAGAAGUGUCAUUUAUUUGUACAACUGAUUAAACUAUUGUUCAUAGACACUUCGAAGAUCAUUGUAUCAAGACAGAGGAGUUAUUUCAGAAGGCUUUUUAAAAAAGUAUAGAAGCACUGAUCCCUUUAGUUUCUACCAAAACUCAUCUUUGUGGGUAUGCAACGUAUUUUUGAAAUGUUCCCCUUUUGUCAUGCUGAAAAUUCUGAUGUAAGUUUUAUCUUUCCCAGCACUUGUUCUGAAUUGGGUAAUUGUUUGGAACUGCCCAUAUGCAUAUGUAGAAUGCAAGGAUAAUUUGUUUCCAGAGUAUUUAAUGAACUUAUUUUUAUUAUAAAAUUGUCACUCAGCUAUUAAACAAUAACAAUAAAAACCUUUA